AUGAUCAAGGCAGAAGAAGAGGAGUUUGUGUCAUUGGAGGGAGAGGAGCAGGUCAAAGAGGGAGAGGAUCAGGUCAAAGAGGGAGAGGAGCAGGUCAAAGAAGAUGAGGAGCAGGUCAAAGAGGGAGAGGAGCAGGUCAAAGAGGGAAAGGAGCAGGUCAAAGAGGGAGAGGAGCAGGUCAAAGAGGGAGAGGAGCAGGUCAAAGAGGGUGAGGAGCAGGCCCCGGAGGGAGAGGAGCAGGUCAAAGAGGGUGAGGAGCAGGCCCCGGAGGGAGAGGAGCAGGUCAAAGAGGGAGAGGAGCAGGUCAAAGAGGGAGAGGAGCAGGUCAAAGAGAGAGAGGAGCAGGUCAAAGAGGGAGAGGAGCAGGUCAAAGAGGGAGAGGAGCAGGUCAAAGAGAGAGAAGAGCAGGUCAAAGAGGGUGAGGAGCAGGCCCCGGAGGGAGAGGAGCAGGUCAAAGAGGGAGAGGAGCAGGUCAAAGAGAGAGAGGACCAGGUCAAGGAGGGAGAGGAGCAGGUCAAAGAGGGAGAGGAGCAGGUCAAGGAGGAAGAGGAGCAGGUCAAAGAGGGUGAGGAGCAGGCCAAGGAGGGAGAGGAGCAACAUGCAUUAUGA